AAAAAUUGAAUGCGCAUGCGUAAAUUUUCCUUUCCGUCAUACAAAAGUACUUUGUGUUUCCGUCAAAUGGUGUUUGGCGCGCUGAUAAGCACAAGUUGUUGAUCACAAUGAAAUUAUUCCUUUUAGUCGUCGACCAGAUACCAGACAUUCCUCACGUUCGGAAUUAUCUCUGUUGCGUAUUAACUGGUAGCGAAAAUGUCUAAGGAAGAAUUGUGUAAGCAAAGGAAAAUGGCUCGACAAAACGGAAUUGUGCAACCCCUCCUGACAGAUUUGUACCAGAUAACAAUGGCCUAUGCUUACUGGAAAUCUGGAAAAACAAAUGAUGUGGCUGUUUUUGAUUUGUUUUUCCGCGCAAACCCAUUCCACGGUGAAUUCACCAUAUUUGCCGGUCUUGAGGAGUGCCUUAAAUUUUUGGAGAACUUUCAUUAUUCUGACAGUGAUAUAGAAUAUUUGAUGCAAACCUUACCAGAUAAUAUUGAACCAGAAUUUUUCGCUUAUUUAAAAGACUUAACUUGUAAGGAUAUAAAAUUAAGUGCUUUAGAAGAGGGCUCUGUUGUGUUUCCCAGAGUACCUCUGCUACGAGUAGAAGGUCCAUUGAUAAUUGCUCAGUUGUUAGAAACGACCUUAUUAACCUUGGUUAACUUUGCAAGCUUGAUGGCGACUAAUGCGGCGCGUUAUCGAAUGGUAGCUGGCAAAAACGUCUCGUUACUAGAAUUCGGCUUACGGCGCGCACAGGGACCUGACGGAGGAUUAUCAGCUUCGAGAUACGCCUACAUCGGCGGAUUUGAUGGAACAAGCAAUGUGUUGGCUGGCAAAAUGUUUAAUAUACCAGUGAAAGGGACGCAUGCACAUUCGUUUGUGACGUCAUUCAGUACUCUGGACGAUAUGCAUUCAGUGAUAUUGAGACACGCGGAGACACAGAAACAGUACAACCUUUUAGAAUUGGCACUCGAAUGGCGCAAACGCGUGUCCUCCAUCAUAGACAUCUCGCCGGAGGCGGCGAGCGAAGGCGAACUUGCCGCUUUAAUAUCAUAUGCCCUAGCAUUCCCUUCCGGAUUUUUGGCUCUAGUGGAUACGUACGAUGUCAAGAGGUAUAAUUUUCAAGGCUUACAGUCACGACACAGGCAGCGUAUGAAUGGGCAUUCUGGCUACAAUAGCAACUGUGGAACCAAUGAUCCUAGAAUACAAAACUCACCGAGUAUACAUAGUACAUACGGAUAUAGCACGAUUGAACGCACACUGAGGAGUGGACUUCUAAACUUCUGUGCAGUGGCUCUCGCGCUUAACGACUGUGGUUACCGAGCGGUCGGGAUUAGAAUCGACAGCGGAGACUUGGCUUAUCUCUCUGUAUUGGCCCGAGACACAUUCGAAAAAGUUGCCGAAUCAUUCAAGUUAUCCUGGUUUGCCAAGCUUACUAUCGUGGCAUCGAAUGACAUCAACGAAGACACCAUAUUGAGCUUAAAUGAACAAGGCCAUAAGAUCGAUUGUUUCGGCAUCGGAACACAUUUAGUGACAUGCCAGCGCCAGCCGGCUUUAGGAUGCGUUUAUAAACUGGUAGAAAUUAACGGACAGCCGCGUAUCAAGUUGAGUCAAGAUGUCGGUAAAGUUACCAUACCAGGACAUAAGGAGGCCUACCGAUUGUUUGGCGCAGACGGUCAUGCCCUUAUCGACCUUCUACAAAGGUCCACAGAGCCACCACCAGAGGUUGGUCAGAAGGUCCUCUGUCGGCAUCCCUUUCAAGAGUCCAAACGAGCUUACGUCAUCCCAAGCAAGGUUGAACAUCUUUACAAGAUUUACUGGACGGAAGGUCGUAUUUGUACAAUGCCAAAGCCUUUAUCUGAAGUGCGGGAGAGGGUACAGUCGUCCUUACGAACUCUGCGACAGGACAUCAAGAGGAAUUUAAAUCCAACCCCUUAUAAGGUAGCAGUCAGCGAUGACCUGUACAGCUUCAUACACGAUUUAUGGCUGCAGAAUGCACCCAUCGGAGAGCUCUCGUGAAGAUCAUGAAACAUCGAAUGUAAUGAAAGGUGUGGUCAACUUUAAAGUACAGUCGACAGCAACUUAUAAAUCUUGGCCAUGCCUAUAUGGAGCCAAGUGCACAUUGCGAUUAUUAUUAUGAGGUGUUUAACAAAAUAACCGGUUUCCCAAUCUUCCUAUACAAUUCGAAGUAAUAAUCCAAGUUUGUAUAGCCAAUAGGGAAAAUAUUGCGGGAAUUUUCAAAAAAGUUAUUUGUGUUCAUAAGUAAAAUGAGGCUUUAAAUUAAUUAUUUUACAUUGAAACCACCUGUUUACUAUAAUAUAUUUGCAUCUAAUAUUCUUAAAACCAAUAUAGUGUCGGUCUAAUUUGUGUUGAUUAAGAAUGCGAUGAUAAAUUAUGGCUUAUAUACCUGCGUAAGUAAAGACACCAAGUCUCUCAAAGGAUAAGAAUAUAUUGACAAAAAUAAACUAAAAUACCUCAGUACACCUAGAACGCCUAAAUUAUAGUGUAGCGCUUUUCGCUUAAUAGGCACUUAAGAUAAUUUAUACUACAAUACCUGAUAUAAAUCCUAAAUUAUGGAUUCAUACUAGUCACAAUGAACAAAAAUUGCAAUGUAUAUUUCAGGUAUUGAAAAUAAUAUUUUUGUGUUUUAUUUGCUAUUGUAUUUUUUAAAUAUAUUGUGCACGUACCGAUCCACCUACAUAACGUAUCGUAAGCCCAAAUUCACAACUUUAAGGGGAACCGUUUUAAUAUAUCGAGAGGACUAAAAUGUGAUUAUCGAGGUAUUGCGAUUAAAUUUGAAACAUUCCCAUUACUUUUAACGCGUUAUAAUUCCAUUAUUGAGCGUAAGAAACCUGCAUAAAAAGCAAGAGAUUGACGAAAAAUGUACCUAUAUUUGUGGCUUACGUUAUUGCGUAGGAGGAAUCGCUACGGACGUAACAGCCUUUAAGUCAGAAGCGAAAAUAUUAUUUCAUACUUGUCGACGUUAAUAGUAUGAAUAGUAGAAAUUUCCAGAAAGGUUACAAAUUACAGUAAAAUCUGUAUAAAAUUAUUCAAUAACCAAAGUAUUUAUGGAGUUUUACGAAAAUUAUUGUUUAAAAUAGUGAACUAUACGCUGAUCUGUUAUUUAAAGUGCAUAGCCCACUGGGGAUGUGAUGGCUUAUGUCUGUAUAGUCCCCCAUAGACUAAAAAAAAAUUGAUACAUUUUAAAUACGUUCCAAUUGAAAAACAAGCAAUCGACGAACUUUGUACAAGUGCGUGUAUGUAUUUACAAAAUGUAGAUUUUAAUUAAGAAUACAUAAUUAAUUAGUGCAUUUAGUUAGUUAUUUUUUGUCAUUGCAUAAAGCAAAGUUCGCUUACAUCAUGAUAAGCGACAUUAGUUUCGUGAUAAAUAUUUUUGUGAUAGAUAAAUGAGCGAAUGCUUGAUUUAUUGUAAUUUUAAUAUUGAACGUGGAAUGUAUGUAAAAAAAUUAUAAUUUAG